UGCCGCUUUGACAUUUUGACGUGGACAGUUGUCAAAACAAAUUCGUGUUGUAGCAGCCAGCACGAUAUUGCACGAACAAUCAUUCGUGUGGAAAUUUUCAAACUCAUCAACUCUUGAUCACAUAAAUCAACAAAAGAACUAUGGACAAAGUUGUUAAAUUCGCUGAACCUGGUCGCCUGUUUGCCAAGGAUUCGAUUCGUCUGGUCAAACGUUGCACGAAGCCAGACCGCAAGGAGUUCCAAAAGAUUGCUAUUGCCACGGCGAUUGGUUUCUGCAUCAUGGGCUUCAUUGGAUUCUUCGUCAAGCUGAUACACAUUCCCAUCAACAACAUCAUUGUGGGAUCGUAAAGCCGAGAUCAACAAUAUAUAUAUCUAUAUAUAUGUGGCAGUAGGCGCAGAACUGGAAGAACAAUAAUUAUAAUAAUAAUCAUCAUUUUAAUGCCUAGUAUAUUUCAAAAAUGUUUUCUUUCGCGCCGAUGCAACAACAACGACAUUAUAUAGAUUAUACACAUUUUUUUUUGUAUAGUUAACCUCCCCCCAUUCAUUAUGUACAUUCAACGAAUGUCCAUUUGUUUUUGUAACAAAAUUUUCAUGUAUUUGUGAAAUGUAUUGCAAUAAUGUCGAGAAUUCCAUUCACACACAACAUGAACGUUAGUUAUUAAGCUGUCAUAAUAAAAACCGAGAAAACGAUUGAAA